ACGCCACUAACGGAGUGGUUCCGCUCCCCGUCCGCCAUUAGCGCCUGAGCAUCUGAUAGCGGUCGUUCUCGGUGGAAGUGAUCGCGAUAAAUAAGUUGUGCACAAUGCUCACAUCUCAUUUUCUGCAGCGUUCAAAGAAAGCCAUCCCCCUUCUGCUUCGGCGCAAUUUUGGUAUAGUUGCACCUGCCCUCCAGAAGGCUACAGAUCCGAUUCAGCAGUUAUUCAUCGAUAAAGUUAGAGAUUAUGCCAAGAGAAGCCAGGCAGCAGGAGGAAAAUUAGUGGAUAUGACUCCUGAAAUAGAACGUGAAUGGAAAGCAGAACUGGAAAAGGUAGCAAAGCAGUUUGGUGGCAAGCCUGGUGAAGAUAUGACAAAAUUCCCAGCUUUCAAGUUCACAGAUCCAAAGAUUGAUCCUAUCAACAUGUCCUAAUUGUAUGGAAAUCAACUCAGUUAGUGUUAAUUCUCAUUGUAAAUAUUGAUUAAAUAAAUGUUGUUAAUAUCAGA